AUGCGUACAUACUCGCGAAAACCGCCGGAACAUCACAUUAUCGAAGGGGUUUUGGAGUUAUGUCGACUUUGCCUCCAUGAAGUUAACAAACCAAUACACAUUUUUAUGGAUGAUGAUAAUAAAUACUGCAAGUUUUUACCCAUGAGAAUAAUGAUUUGUCUUGGCUUAGAGAUAACCAAUGAAGAGUGUUUACCAAAAAUUAUAUGUUCUCAAUGCUUAAAGGAUUUAAAUUCAUUUUAUGAUUUCAAAAAGAGAUGUACACUAUCAUACCAGAAGUUAAAGUCACACUAUUUAGCUGUCAAACAAAAAGAGGUUUCAAAAACUCAGACAAAAAUGGAAAAGGAAUCACUUCUUAACUCUCAUACCCCAGAGGUAGAUUCAAAGGUGGGAAUCGACAAUAAUAAAGAAAAGGAGGUUGUAUUGUCAUUGACCGAGGGAAAUGCCCUAGAAGUUAUCAGUAUUUUUAAUCAAGCAACAGUGCCAAGUAGACAAAAUUCUGAACAUGAGCAGGUUCAAACUGUUACAUCAUAUAAUGUCAAUGACGGCUUAAAUUUCCUCAAUGUGGGCACAUCACCACCGAUACCCCCUAUACCUGAGGAUGUUACCAGCUUCCUAUCAACGAUUUUAGUACAAUUGGGCGUACUUACUAAAGACAAUGAAAACAUAGCUGUGGUCGACCAAACAUUUAAAAAUGUGAGGUUGGAAACUAAUGAUGGAUCAGUAAUGUUAGAACUUGUGGAAGAAGAGGAUUCACCUAUUAAAAAAGAACCAGAACAAGAAAAAAUGCCAAAUGGAAAAUUUGAUUUUGUGUAUGAUGCAAAUAAGGGAAUACCAACGGUUAAAGCAAUGUGUGGGACCUGUGGUAAGAAGUUUGCAAGUCGAGGAGCAAUGUUGCGCCAUGAUCGCACACAUAAGGGCAUUCGGCCAUACGUUUGCGAAAUAUGUGAUAAGGCUUUUACACAGCGUGAGGUUCUACGACGACAUAUGCAUUUACAUCAACCGGAACGUCCCUUUAAAUGUGGCUCAUGUGACAAAGGAUUUACGCAAAGGGCCGCACUUCGCUCCCACGAGCUGACUAACCACGCUCCUACGAGACCCCUUUCACUUUAUCGCUGCAAACUCUGUCCUAAAAUGUUUCUACAUGCAUCUGGGUUAAGCCGGCACCAGACUGUACACACUGAUCGCGUUUAUCAGUGUAAUGUGUGCUCGAGAAAAUUUAAGGACAAGAGCUCUCUGGUGCGACAUUUCAAAACGUCUACUCAUAAAAUGUCUACUUCUUAA